AUGCCUUUUGAUACUAGUCUUCUCAAAUCUUUACAAAUAGCAAAAGUUGCAAAGAAACCACAAGCUCCAUUACCUUUACGAACGUCACCACUAUUCACCCAUUUUGAAAGAUGGGCCGGUAAAACACGCAGAUUGUUAAUUAAAGAACCUAAUCAUUUGUCUAUGUUAAAAUCCUUUAAUUUGAGAUUGAAUGAUAACCCUUUUGCUCAUAUAUUAAGUUCUCCUUCAAGAUUAGAUAGAAUUGGUAAAAUAAAAUUGCCAAAACAAUUAUUAAUCCAGGUUAAAAAUAAUAUCAAUGAAAAGGGUUUCAAUAUCUUAUUAAACACAAUGGUAGAUAACUCUAUAAAGGAUACUACUGCAUCAAAACAUUCAUACAUUUUAAAUAAAAUGAGUAUGUUUGAUAAAAACGUAAAGAAUGUCAAGAGUAUUCUCCCGCUACAUAUUUUAUCUGAACCUGAUAUCGGUAAGAAGAUUCCGCUUAUACAAUUUGAUAAAAAUAAAGUACUAGACGAAUACUUGGUGAAAUCAAAAGAAAUCAUCUGGGAUCAAUUGAUUCAAUUACCAUUAACUGAAAAAUCCAGAACAAAUGCAGAAUCAUCGUCAACUCAAGUUAUAGUAACUUAUGAUAAAUCAAGCCAAGACAUAUUAAAAUUAAAAACAACAAGAGACAAAACGACUAAUGAGAACAAUUACAUUAUUACAUUCAACUUAGCAUCAAUUAAUGAACCAAAAUUCGAUGAAUUAUUUGCCCAUGGGUCCAAGCAAUUGCAUCUAACCCAAGAACAUAACAGCUCAUUGAUCUUACAAAUCUACAGAGUUCUAAUGCUAAUAACCUAA